GAAGAAGACGAAGACGAAGAUGAUGAGAUGGACGAAGAUUUCGAGGAUGAAGACUCUGAGGAUGAGGGAAUGGACGAAGACGAGGACGAUGAUGACGAUGACGAUGCUUCGAUCUCGGACGCUUCUGAUGCAUCUGCUGAGGGUACCUCUGAGCGUGGGCUCAAGCGGUUGAUUGAGGCCCUUGGCGAAGAUGGAUUGGAUGAGGAUGAGCUGGCUGAAUUGGCUGCCUUGCAGGAUGGAGAGGACAAGCAAGGAGCAGCAGCCGACGAUGACCUCAAGCGUGAGCUAGUCUUCUACAAGCAAGCCCUCUCGGCAGCUCAGCUCGGUCGACAGAAGGUGCUAGCAGCAGGCAUGCCCUUCAGUCGCCCCGACGACUUCUUUGCCGAAAUGGUCAAGAGCGAUUCGCACAUGGAGCGAGUCAGACAGACGCUCCUUGAUGAGCGGGCAGGGAUCAAGGCUAGUGAAGAGGCAAAGAGGCAGAGGGAACUCAAGAAGUUUGGAAAGAAGGUACAGGUGCAGAAGGGAUUGGAGAGGCAGAAGAACAAGAAGGAGAUGGAGGAGAAGAUUGAAGGUCUCAAGAGGAGUGAG